CUGCAUUUGAACACGCCCCUUCCAAACGCUUGUUGAAUAGAAAUGACAAGGAAACAUGACAAGCGCUAAAGAUGAAUUUCAUAUACCGUUAUAACUGCGCGAGUGCUCAUCCUUUCGCAUCGCUACGCCAUUUGAAUGCCGCUCUACCACUGUAAAUCUGAACGGAGCCACGGGGAAAGCCGCUUGGGAUCCAGCCAAAAAUUACAAUUGAAAGCAGAAACCCAGCCCUGCUUCGAUUACGCACCGAGAGAGGGAGCACGCUGAUAGUGACAGCGGCACUUAAACAACUCAUCUAUGAUCGACCGCAGCUACUCUACUUGAUCCGUUUUCUGCCGUGCACCCUCAAAGGAUGUAGACAUCGGCCUGCUAUCUUUGGCAUGUACGUUUUAACGGGACUUGUCGCCAGUGGCUCGACAACGCUGUGUUUCAACAGGCAAUGCCUUCCUUACGCGUUUUGUGGCGCAAACUACAACAACCACACGCGUGUGUCAGCGAUUCGUUGUUUUACUUAUGUAUACGUGUGUUGAUAGUUUAAAAUGCCUAGGUUUUGAUUUAAAUACUUUUAUAAGGACGGAUAAUAGCGUAUUCUGCUGGGAGGAGCAAUAAGGAGCUCUAUCUACUCUUCGGCUUCCACGGCAAUAUCACGGUGGUUUUUUGAUGGAGCUGGAGAAUAUUGUUGCAAACACGGUACUCUUAAAGGCAAGAGAAGGUGGAGGAGGAAAACGGAAAGGAAGAAGUAAAAAAUGGAGGGAGAUUCUUCGUUUUCCUCAUAUCAGUCAGUGCACAGAAUUGAGCAAAACCAUCGAGCGGGACUACUUCAGCCUGUGUGAGAAGCAGCCCAUCGGGAGACUUCUGUUCCGCCUCUACUGUGAGACCCGACCAGAGAUGCAGCGAUGCAUCCAACUUCUGGACGCCAUGGAGGACUACGAGGUGACACCAGAUGAGAAGAGGAAGAGUCGAGGAGAUGAGAUCAUCAAGAAAUUUCUCACCAAGCAGUCCUCUGAGUGUGUGGAUGUUGCUGAAGGUCUUGCUGAAAGUUGCAGAGAAAAUCUAGAACUGAGUCCCUGCAAGGAGAUCUUCAGUGACUGUCGCAAAGCUCUUCAUGACUACUUAAGUGGUGCUCCAUUCUCUGACUAUCAGAACAGCAUGUACUUCGACCGCUUCCUCCAAUGGAAAAUGCUGGAAAGGCAGCCCAUCACAAAAGACACAUUUCGGCAGUAUAGAGUUCUGGGGAAAGGAGGCUUUGGAGAGGUGUGUGCGUGCCAGGUGAGAGCCACAGGUAAAAUGUAUGCUUGUAAAAAGCUUGAGAAGAAAAGGAUAAAAAAGAGAAAGGGGGAGGCCAUGGCUCUAAACGAGAAACAGAUUCUGGAGAAGGUCAACAGCAGGUUUGUGGUUAGUUUAGCGUACGCAUAUGAGACCAAAGAUGCCCUGUGUCUGGUGCUGACCAUAAUGAACGGUGGUGAUCUGAAGUUUCACAUCUAUAACAUGGGAACCCCGGGCUUUGAGAAGGAGCGUGUGCAGUUCUAUGGCGCCGAGAUCUGCUGCGGUCUAGAACACCUGCACAGAGAGUCUAUCGUCUACAGGGAUUUAAAACCAGAGAAUAUACUUUUAGAUGAUAAUGGUCAUAUCCGGAUCUCAGACCUGGGGCUGGCCAUUAAAGUGCCUGAUGGAGAACAGAUCCGUGGUCGAGUGGGGACUGUGGGCUACAUGGCUCCAGAGGUGAUCAAUAACGAGCGGUAUAGCAUGAGUCCGGACUGGUGGGGGUUGGGCUGUCUGAUCUAUGAGAUGACCGCUGGCCGAUCGCCUUUCCGUGCUCGCAAAGAGCGAGUGAAGAGGGAAGAAGUGGAGAAGCGGGUGCAGGAGGAGGAAGAGGAGUACAGCGACAAGUUUUCAGAAGACACCAAAGCCAUCUGCAGGAUGCUGUUAGCCAAAGAUCCCAAGCAGAGGCUCGGCUGCCAGGCGGAUGGAGCUGCUGGAGUCAAAGCCCACCCAUUCUUCAAGAACAUCAACUUCAAGAGGCUAGAGGCCGGCAUUCUGGAACCUUCCUUUGUGCCUGAUCCCAGGGCGGUCUACUGUAAAGAUGUUCUGGACAUUGAGCAGUUCUCCACCGUUAAGGGUGUCAACCUGGACCAAACAGACAAUGAUUUCUACUCCAAGUUUGCCACUGGCAGUGUCUCCAUCCCAUGGCAAAAUGAGAUGAUCGAGACAGAGUGCUUCAGCGACCUUAAUGUAUUCGGGCCUCAGGGGACACGGCCCCCUGACCUGGAUUGGAACCAGCCUCCCGAGCCUCCUCGGCGUAGCCUGCUGGACAGGAUCUUUAGGAGACAUCAUCCAGAGGUGACCAUCGCUCAAAGCCGGGUCUCGUCUUCCAGUGUCAACUCUGUUGACUCCAUGUCAAACUCUGCCCCCUAGUGGACAGAUCGCUGCGGGACUGCAGGGAACAAAAGCGAGUGAGCGAUAAAGAGAGGAAAGAAUAAGAGUGAAGAACUCCUCCUGCCCUUUAAAGACCAGUCGACAGAGCGUGGAAGAGUCUGUUUUCCUUGCCUUGGCCCUCACUAUCCAUCCACGGCCCGCUGAGAGGACAGGAGACAAAACAAACUCCUGUUUAAAGACUUUUAUUUAUCCGUUUUGUGACAGAAAGGAGAACAUUUAUUCCUUCACCUCACGCUCCCUCAGGAUUGCUGGAACAGUAAAGAGCCACUGACAAUGACAGAAUAUUAACUCAUAUUAUUCAGGGGAUUUUAUCGACAAAGAGAGGCCUCCACAGGGAAUGGGAAGGGGGCUUUUUAAAUUUUCUUUUGCAAAGGAAAGCUAAUAUAGUGAACUUAAGAGACUACACACUCACUCACAAACACACGCACACUCUCGUUUCCUCCUCCAUCCCUCUCGCUAUACCUACCUAUCUACCCCUUUUUUCUUUCCGUCUACAUGUAACACCUCCAACCUCAACCCAAAAUGUGCAUUGCCUUGCAUUCUCUCAGGCCAAAGAUAGAGCUUAUUACAGGAAGACACGUAUUUGAUUAACCAUUGCCAUAUUUCGGUGCUGAGAGUGACGAAAGGCCUAAAAGCACAAGGAAAUAGGAGCUCGUUUGAGCUUUAUAUCGUUUCCUUCCCGUGUCAUCUGCAAAUUAUGUGAUAUCACUGAAAAACAAACUCAAUUUGGCAGCUUCAGCCUCUUCCAGUCCACUUAAGACCAGCGUCCGUUUUCUAAAAUCUCAUCUGCUCCAUUUGUCGGACACUACAUGGUCUACAAACAUAAGCUAAAAGUAUCUCUGUAUGAUCAGUUCCUUUGUGCAUAAAGGCCGUUGACCGUAGUGAAAGGCGGAGCCAUCUCAGUGGGCGUGGUCUUUGGGUUGGUAGGCCGCCUACCAGCAGAUACAUAGCCAAUCACAGCACAAUAAAUCAGUCAGGGAGUACUUCUCAUCUCACCACAUUAUUCAUAAGUGGCUCAUUUACCCGAUUUAUAGAAAAUAUAUAAUAAACGGUUGAUUAAUUCAGCUUUCAUAGGCAAUUUGGCAUUGAAUCAAAGCAUGUUGCUGGACUCUUCAAUCUGAGCUACUGUGAGAUUUUGCUGAUGUGGAAAACAGUUUAAAAAUGUGCUAAAUUUGUAUCACGGCAGCUCCAAGAGGAGUCAGAAUUGACCAUCUAAUAAUACAUCUACAGUACACAGUCAAGCGUUUUCUCUUUUUAGGACAACAAAACAGUUUUCUUCCAGAUUCGGUAUGUAAAUAUGCCUUCAUUUAUUCAGAUUUCAACCACUAAUAGACUGAAACUGGCACCACUUCACUUCAGCCUUUAUGCACACACACACACACACACACACACACACACACACACACACACACACACACACACACACACACAAUACACCAGACUCAUGAAGUUUCAUACCUCAGCAGAUGUUUUCUCAUAUUUAUGCAGUUUCCAAUCAGAUGCCAAUUGGUAGAAAGACAUUUCAUUCAUCUUACCCAACUAUAAGUGUACUAAUUUAAAAAGUGUCCAGGAUUUCAGUUGUAUAGACAUCAUGGGAAUCCAGAACACUCUGGCCUAAAAAUACAUCUAUAUCCCAUGCAUAGAGAAUACAUGAUAGUUUUGUAGUGUUCAAAUGUUUCUUUAAAUAAAUGGAUAGUUUAUCAGUAACUAAACGGAGCGACUAAAGAAGGAACAGAAUAUGAAUCUUGACCUCAUCUUUCAUUUACAAUACCAUUCCAAGGGUUUUUUAUGCCUCAAAGUUCAAUAGCGAAUCUCAAGACAAAUCAAGUGUAUUAAAAUUAUGACUUGAAGCUAUUUCACAAGUACGUAUGCUAAGUGCCAUGUCAUUUCGAAUCAUUAAACUGAUGUGUGUUUACCAAAUUAUGUAUCAGUUAUGCCAUUAAUUUACCAUGCUAGAAAUUUCAUCUGAAGGGUUUAAAAUGAAAAAAGUGUAUACGUAGUGCAGGUUCUAACAUUUCAAACUUCUUCUCAUCUGAAAUGUGUGUAAUAACUGGUUAUUGCACUGUAUUAUGACAUGUUACAUAAAUUGCACUGCACACUGCAUGGUCAAUCAACUAUUCAUCGAGCGGGACCAAUGUGUCUGUUAACGCUUUAGGGGUCUGAUCUCUGUGUAUACUAGUGCCAUGCUGUUGUUCACUGUGGUGAGACUUUAUACGCCACAUAGUUGUGAUGAUUCAUGAUCACUUUCAUGUGAAAUUCAGAAAGGAUUCAUGUUAAUGCGUUUCUCCUAUUUUUAAAAAUUGUGGCCCAUGUUGAUUUGGAAGUACUUUAUUUACCAUUACAGGGAAUAUUCAUCACUUUU